AUGGAUUCUUUUUCGACCGUACCUCCUGGAUUUAGGUUUCACCCUACAGAUGAAGAAUUAGUUGAUUACUACCUCCGUAAAAAAAUUGCUUCGAAAAGAAUUGACCUAGAUGUCAUAAAAGACAUUGAUCUUUACAGAAUCGAGCCAUGGGAUCUUCAAGAAAUUUGCAGGAUAGGAACAGAAGAACAGAAUGAAUGGUAUUUCUUUAGUCAUAAAGAUAAGAAAUAUCCAUCCGGAACUCGUACAAAUAGAGCUACAAAAGCAGGAUUCUGGAAAGCUACAGGAAGAGACAAGGCAAUUUAUUCUAAGCAUAGUUUGAUUGGCAUGAGAAAGACCUUGGUAUUUUACAAAGGCCGAGCCCCAAAUGGGCAAAAAUCAGACUGGAUAAUGCAUGAGUAUCGACUCGAAACAAAUGAAAAUGGCACUCUCCAGGCAAGUAUCUAA